AUGGGUGAACAGAUGGGCUUAGCUGUUAUCUGUGACAAAAAGAUUCCAAUUAUCUGUCCCUUUUAAUUACUCCAGUGUGAGCCCUAUGUCUGUCCACCCCUUCUCUCUCUCUCUGUGUGUGUGUGUGCGUGUACGCGGUGACAGAAGUAGAGAGAAGGGAGCGAGCACAGUGCUGCCAGAUGGGAUUUAAGCCCCCACACCACCUCCCACUGCAGCCCUGGCAGACGACACAUAUACAUGAGCACAUACACGGGGCUUCUCCACAAACGCCCUAAUCGCCUGGCACGUGGAUUAGGCUUCAGUCAAUGCAGCAGCACUUCCUUCUCAGCAUUGUUCUCACAGUGCGGCUGGCGGUGGCGGUGGCACCGUGAUGUUCAGUGAUCUAACAGCGCGGCACACAACAGUUCACCAGCUGUUGCGGAAAUGUGCUCUCUGUUCUGUUCUGGAGGGGACUACUGUUGCACACAUUGACCCAGACUGGAUGCUGUUUAGUAGGGAGGCCUUCUGUGGCCUCCAGUCAGCUGAUCUCCGGAAAGCAUUUUUAGAGAGUGCAUUUUUAGAGAGUGUUCUUUGUUGUUAAUGGCAUUUAUGUAAGCAAAAGCAUCUUACAGUGGUAAUUGGGCAUUGAUUGGGACUUGAAUUUCCCCUGGGGAUCAAUAAAGUAUCUAUCUAUCUAUCUAUCUCUUCAACUCUUCAAGUUGACCGAUGUCUGUGUAUAGGGCUAUCUUAAAGACCAUGGAACUCAGCAUUUAAAAAGCAAGACCUGGAGGUGGAUGUAGUGCAACUGCUUCACUUAAUUGCCCAUGAACUGUCUACUGAGUUUGUAACAACAAAUUAAACUCCCCGCUAUUCUAAAGUUGACAUCAACCAUGACUGUGUGAGGCCUACACGAGAUGCCAAAAUGGUGUUCUUUGUCUGGUUAAAAUAUAUAAAUAUUUUCAACAAAUUAUAUUCCAACAUUCAAAGGAAGUUCUGUGGCUAUGGCUGUGUCGUCAGAGGCUCAGUACUUGUUGAGAUGGGUGGAGUGGGCGUGGGUUGUGGGGCAUCAUUCAUCCGCUUUGUACCCCUCGCGGGGAAAAAAACGCCUCAGAAACAUUUUCUUCCUAAAGUAGACGUCAGAAGGCGUCACCCUCCGUGUUUCCCUAAACGAGAGCGUUCGUCAAUUAAACCGGUUUUUCAGACACAAUGACCGGCCUCCCCAACGCACAUUAUUGUAGGUAGUGUGGCAUGAGGGAGACGCUUCCUAAACACGCAUACAAAGGGAUGGUACGUACCACGUUUUAUUGAACUUUAAUCUUGCAUUUUAACGUCGAAUUACGCGAUUCGUCGAAUUUUUCACGGCAGCCUACUUUUCGACAUACUGACUACCUUAUCUCGUGGAAAGCUAUGGCAAUGUUUGCGUACUCUGAUUACUUUGCUGCCGAGUGUCUGGUGUCCAUAUCUAGCGGACCAGUAUUACACCGCCCGACCCCAGUUCCCCCCAACACACUGGGGCCCCUGGACCUAUCCCUUGGGGAAACUGAGGUGUCGAGGGAGGACCGAGAAGUUCGUGACACACUUAAAGACGGGGCUAUCACUGCGGAUGGGAUUCUAACUGGUCUCCAUGGAAAGUUUCGACCCAUGUCGGUCAACUCGGAGAGCAGCAACUCCUCCGAUAACUUCUCGUGUGGGGAAAGCGGUUAUACCACGCUGUCUGAUUCUACUACUGCGACCCCCAACAUGACCCCCUCCGCCACACCGACGCCCAAUGUUAAGAGAGGACAAUUAAACGGAUCGCCGAUUUUAAAGCGACAUCACUGUACAUACAGUGGAUGUGACCGAGCGUAUGGCAAAUCAUCGCAUCUAAAAGCUCAUAUGAGAACACACACUGGUGAGAGGCCGUUUCCCUGCUCGUGGCCCGACUGUGGGAAGAGGUUUGCCCGCUCCGACGAGCUGGCACGCCACAUCAGGACCCACACAGGCGAGAAGCGCUUCCUGUGCCCGCUGUGUGACAAGCGCUUCAUGCGCAGUGACCACCUGGUCAAGCACGCCCGCCGCCACCCAGGCUUCCAGCCCUCCAUGAUCGCCCGCAAGGGCACCCGCGAGGACUGUGCCCAGCUCCCUUGAGGGUGGACACGAGUGCGGUUGUCCCAGAAAUAGGGCACGAGGUCCAAUUCAACCAUGUAUCAUAGAUAUGUAAUAUCCUAGAUAUAAUGAUGCCCAUGGAGACCCAGAGACUAUGUGCAUUCUUUAUAGACAACAACAGAACUCCUCAUAGGUAUUGUUUUUGCAAUUGUGAUUUAUUUUUGGAUAUUAUUAUAAGUAGAAGGGUAUGCAGAUGUAGACUUGUUAUGUAGCAUCAGUAUUCUGUCGAUUACAUAGUGGUAACUUCUUUUAAAUAUUCCAGUGUAGCUUUUGCAGUAGACAUAAUAAUAAGAAUACUACUCUGUUGAUGGCUUUUUAACCCCCUAUAUUAGGUUUGUUCUAAAAAAGAAUGCUAUGAUAUGGUGGAGCUAUAGCAAGCUAAAGGUUGAUAGAUUUCUGUCAAUGAUAAAUACUAACUUUUUUCCAGCAGCUAAAUGCGUUGCAGCAGUGUCACACCAGAGUCUAGCAGGUGGUAGCUCUCAAUGAUGUUAAUUACAUCUUGGAAUGUUACCUGCUUAUUUCCAAGUGUGCGUACCAUGCAAAAAAAAAAAGAUAUUUCAGGGUGCAAUAGGAAUAUUUAAAAAAUGAUCCGUUUUUGACGGUGUAUCCGUUUUCAAAUAGCUGCUGAAGUUGUGUAAGUUUUCUACUCUUGUUUAUCUGCUUUAACUGUGGUGGAAGCACAGGACUGGUGCACUGUAGUCAAGAUCCAAGGUCCAAGUGCUUCAUCAAGUGCGACAAAGGACUGCCUUAAUUAAUGGAAAGGAAUCAGAUUUAAGCUUUCAGAGCUAUUUGUGGGGGUAAGGUAAAUGCACAAAUCUUUCAGGGAAUGUUUGCCUGUUUCUAAUCCCAUGAGAACUGCCUGUUGGGAAGUUUUAUUCCAAAACUCGAAAAGCAAUUGGUUGUGAAUUGCAUUCUGCUCUGCCAUAACUGGGGAACUGUAACCUUUGUGUUUUGCCAAUUUUAAGACUGGUUAUCAGAUAAGAUAAGGCCAAAGUAGUUGCAUAGGCAUUGCUCACACUCUACCAGCGCCUCGCUUCACAAAACAAAAUGUGUAGACGGGGUCACCACCAGGGGGCACUGUCUGCUGCUAUGAGACGAGAAGCUUUGUCUUCCCGUUUUAUAUGAAGCAAUCCCAGCUGUGUCUUAAAACUGCCCCAAAACUAACAGUCUCUUUCAAUUUGCUUUAUUUUCAACUGUCAAGGCUUCUGUGUUUUUUGUACAGAUGCACGAAACUUGUAGGUUUAUUAGGAGAAAUGUUCGAGACACCCCCCUCGUCGGACAUGUUUACGUGGUAUUUUUCUCAUAGCAACUGAUACCAAACACAGAAAACACAAAUUGUUCCUGUGAGGGGAAAAGUUGAGUCAGAGGUUACUAUGGCAAGUAUCCUAGAGACCCCCCCUGCUCCAUGUACAGUCCCAUGUUUCUUUUGAGGCUGUAAUCUCCCUAAAUUAUAGUAUGUGCUAUAUGUCCAAAUACUUUUCACAGUGGACUAGGUAUAAUAUACCCUAGACUGGGAAUACCCAUAAAAACUGGCCAGACGGACUUUGCUCUGCAGGUCCGUCUGGCCAAGAGGCCAUUGAAGCCCGUUUCCAAUGUCCCUAAAACACGGGCAUGCGAAUACAAUCGCUAAUCCAGCAUGGACAUGUAUUUCUUUAGAAUUAAGUAAGCAACUGCAUUUAAAACCUAUGUUUACAAGAUUGCUAAACUUCUGAAACAAGUUGGUAAGAGUUUGGUGCACCUAUUUAGGUUUAAUUUCACUGCUAGUUACGCCCCUGCUGGAAGUCAUAAGUCAAUUUACCUUUUCCAGAGCCACUCUCAAUUGAGAAGGGUCUGGUGUCAACGAGGGUAUAUAUCUCACAAACGCUAUCACAUUUUGAAAUGACAUUAAAAGUCCAAUAUAAUCAAGGUCUGAUGUAAAGUGUCGGUACAGCCCAACUUCCUGAUUCUAUCCCUGUUUCAGAUAGCUGGUCAUUUGAGAGGAACAAAGCCAUGCAUUAACACCAAAUGUGAGUGGUGUCACACUUGUAAUCUGCAAAUCAUCUGUCUCUAGUGCCUUACAAAGGACCUGUUACUCGUUACAAUAAUAGCCUUUAUACACACCUCAGCUAUAGUUGUAUAAUGCAUGAAUUGUAUUCUAGACCUGGGGAUAUCUUUAAAAGAUGCCGAUAACUGCUUGUGUAUGUUGUCUUUAUGCAUUUAUGCAUUAUCAUGAACAUCUCAGAGACAUGUAGUACGGAAAACAUUCCAUUCCAUAGUACCAUUUACCUCAUCGCGAGGACACUGGUUCACUUCAUGUUAUUGUCACAUGUCAUGGACGCCUUUGUUUCUCAGGGUGGUUAUGUACAGUGUCUCCUUAUUUAAAGGCUACCUUCGUUUGAUUUACCCUCAUUUAGUUUUGUGUGUUUUGUCUCUUCAACUUAAUAUUGUGGUUUGUACAUACUCCAUAUAUAGCUGCUGUCAGGAACAACAAAAACAAGAUAUUUUGUAAGAAAUAAUAAUAAAUAAAUAGCCUAUGUUUUAA